AUGGCGUCCGAGACGCGCUCCUACCUGCUGGGUAGAUUCUACAGAACAUUCGCCAUUGAGCUGCAGCGGCUGGACCACAUCGCGCGCGCGCCCGUGCUCUCUCACCUGGCCGAGACGCAGGCCGGCCUGAGUGUGGUGCGCGCGUACGGCCACCAGAAGCGCUUCUUCGCCACGCUGCUGCAGUGCGUCGACCUUCACCUGCUCACCUCGCUGGUGUACGAGUCGGGCCAGCGCUGGCUCGGCAUCGCGCUGGACUACCUGGGGGCUGUGAUCGUGUUCGUGUCGAGCGUGUCGGCCGUGACAGUGGCCGUCACCAGCCGGGAGCGCGUGCCGUCGGCUCUCAUCGGCCUGGCCAUCAACUACACCCUGCUCAUCCCCACCUAUCUGGUGUGGGUGGUGCGCUCGCUCAGCGUCGUCGAGAUGUACAUGUGCGCCGUGGAGCGCGUGCACAAGUACACCAUGCUCAAGGCGGAAGACUACAGGAAGAAGGCUCUCGUGGCGCCUGAUUGGCCGCGACAGGGCAAGAUCGAGUUCAUCGGCGCCAGCGUCGGCUACUCAGUGGCUCUGGUGGGCCGGUCGGGCAGCGGCAAGUCGACUCUGGCCAUGGCCCUUUUUCAAAUGUCGGAUCUGCUGGAGGGCGUGAUUCGGAUCGACGGCAUGGACCUGAAAAGCGUGCCCCUGCACUCGAUCCGUUCGCAGGUGGCGCUGAUACCUCAGGAGCCGCUCCUGUUCUCCGGCACAGUCAGAUCGAACCUGGACCCGAAGUUUGACAUACAAGACGAAGAAAUCUGGAGGGCUCUUGAGCUCGUACAAAUGAAGGAGUAUAUAAAGAAGCUAGGGAAAGGUUUGGAGUCGGAGGUGCAGGAGGGCGGCGACAACUUCAGCCCGACCAGCUCGCUGGACGCCGAGACGGAGCGCAAGGUGCAGGCGAUCGUGUGGAAGGCGUUCGAGAAGAGCACGGUCAUCACGAUCGCGCACCAGCUGACCACCGUGCUCGACUACGACCAGCUGCUGGCAGACCGCAGAGAUUCACUGUUGGGCAGGCCGCACUCGCCGCCGCUGAGAUGCCCCUACGAUUGA